AUGUGCCACGCACUCGAUUCCCACCAAGAAUCGUUGCCGGUUAGCGAUGAUAAUACUAAUAAAAUCUCAAAUUUAGGCUAUGUCUAUGGAGAAAAUCAUUUCACGACAUUCGACGGUUCCAAGUACUCGUUCCAUGGCAAAGGUCAUUACAUUCUGUCGAUGAUGAAAUCGCCACGUCCACGACUUCAUGCUCCAAGCACGAUUGGAGCAGCCACCAGAAACGUUGUGGGAAGAACGCGUGCGUUCAACAGUUUUGACCGGUUUGGCGGCCAGAGACAAUCAUUCAGCAAUAGUGCAGAGAAGCUUGUUCAUAUAUCUUUCACCUGUUCUGAUUCGAGGUGUUCGCUCGCAAAGACCAUCGACGCUUGGCGGUAUCGAACUGAUGUCUUCGUCGAUGGCGAACGCAUAUUCUUCGACAUGCCGUGGAAGAAAAUCCAAUUGUUCAAAGUUUCGAAGAACCGUGAGUCAUGA